CUUGCAUGAAUUUUGUUUAUAAUUUGAUAUGUCUACGCGGUUAUUUUUUGCUCUUUUUUCUUUCUCUUUUCAUAGUAUGAUUCGAUUUUGUUUUGCUGCAAGAGAUUUAUUUUUGAAUAUUCUGUUGAUUAUUGCAAGUUAUUUUGCUUUAAUCUUGACCUUUGGACAGACUAUCAAAGAGUUUUUUGCUAGUCUUUUCUUACAAAGAAAGCGAGUACCUCGAGUAGUAGCCAUUACUGGUUCAAGGUAAACAAAAGAAUGAAUGAAUAAUAGCUUAUACGUAUGUUAUAGUUCUGGUAUUGGUGAAGAACUCGCUCAUGCAUUUGCUCAAGAUAAAGUAUCACUUGUGUUGAUUGCCCGGGAUGAAGAACGCUUGGAUAAAGUAGCCAAAGAAUGUAAACAACUGGGUUCGCCUAAUGUCAAGGUUGUUCAGUUAGAUAUCACUGAUACACAAGCCAUUUCUACUGUUUUAUCAGAGAAAAUCAUUGAAUACAAUGUAGAUUUGUUUAUUGCGAAUGCAGGUAUUGCUUUUAUUCCUGAAACACACUUAUUGGACCAAGCACAAGAUGUCUUCAAAUUGAAUGCACUUGGUACCAUUGCCUGUAUUGAAACUGUCUACAAGAGUAUGAAACAACGAGGUCGAGGUGGACAGAUUGCUGCAGUAUCUUCAGGCGGUGUCUUUUUUGCCCCUCCUUACAUGUUGGCCUAUACUGCCUCAAAAGCAGCUGUGAUGAGCUAUUGUCGCGAUCUCCGCAUCUUAGGUCAAGAUGACGGCAUUCUGAUUAAUACGAUUGCGCCAGGUUAUAUCGAUACGCCCAUGACAUCUGUUUUGCCUAAGCAAGUAGGAUUCUUGCAUUUGGAUGCUAAAAAACAUGGCCGACAAGUUAAACAGGCUCUGGAAGCAGACGUGCCUUUGAUCAUGUACCCUACUCAUCAAUACAUUGCUCUUGCCUUGGCCUCUUCUUUGCCACCUUCUGUUAAGCUCUUCCUUGCUCGUAUCACCCAUUUUGUUGCUGAUCAUGUCUUUCGUGAUCGAUACAAGGUUGAUAAAUAAUAAUAAUAAUAAAACGGCUUUUAUUUACAAGAAAGGGAACCAGCCCAUCUUAAGUCAAGGGUGUAUUGUUACCACUGGUCUGUCUUUUACCCUUGAGCAUGUUUUUUAAUGCACGUAAAGCAAACACAGUCAGACCAAUACCCG